AAAGCCGGCGCGCUGAGUCGGUCAUAUUUUAACGUGUGGGUCGUCGUAGCUGGCGGUGUGUUGUCCCGUCGUAUUUGUCGUCUACGUCGAAAGGCGUACGUUGCGUUGUUGGCAUGGCGUCGCCGUACGAGGUGCCCCGCGAGUCCAGAGGGCCCGCGUUGGCCGCGGCCGGCGUCCGCCCGCGCGUGGACCGCGAUGCGCUCGGUGAGGUGGACCCGGACCAGUAUCCGCAGCCUAAAGACUCGACGAAUCGAAUACGAGGCAAGUCUGACCUGAUCGAACUAAUAUUCGGUUCGGUCGACCAGGAACUGCUCACCGUCAAGACCUUCUAUUUCUUCUUCUACUCGGCGUUCGGGUCACUGUUCCCGCUGAUGGGCGUCUACUUUAAACAGAUGGGCAUGAACCCUAGCCAGUGCGGUCUGCUCAUCGGGUCCCGGCCGUUCGUCGAAUUUUUGGCCGCCCCGUUCUGGGGCGGUCUGGCCGACAGGUGAGGUGGCAGCAGAAUGUUAUGCAUAUAAUAAUAGUCUCCCUUAUAUUAUUAAUAAUUUUUUUUUUUUUUGUCUAUAUUAUACUAAUAUCUACAUAAUAUAUACAUGGCUGCGCUGACAAUUUGACGGAGUCGUGUUAAAUUUCCCAUGAAAUAUAUUGCAUACCUAUGAAUUUCGAUCGAUAUAAUAAUAUUAAUUAGAUUGUUGCGCGGUAUAAAUUCGGCGUUCAUAAAAUUAUUCGCCCAAAACGACAACUACUGCAAUAUUAUCAUCAUCUGUGUAAUGCCCAAAACAGCAACGGUAUAUACAUAGAGAGUGUAUUACUGUAAGGUAACGGCGUGCCACCGCCGAGUUAUGCAGCGCAAGAGCGACCCCGAUCGAUUUUUUACCCGUUCCCCCGCGCCAUCACUCGACCCCGAGCGCGUACUCCCUCUCCCUCUCUACCAACCGUCCGCUACCAACGUCCCCAAAACAUUUCGACCUCUCGAAUUUCCCAUACCGAGGUCGGAAUUCGUCGUCACCGAGCCGUAAGACAUCCGGACAGACGUCCGUCCAACAAGUGCUGAAACGUACGUCUUAACAAGAAUAAUAACUCGAAUUAUAAUACGCCCGAAAUUUAGGUUUUUUAGUGAAUUUAUUAUUAUAUUGGCCUCGGGGAGAUGGUCGUCGAUUCAAUUCCCCCCGGGCGGGAAGUUAUCAGAAUCCAUCCGGCAUCCGCGAUCCAUUACGGCCGUUCCUAAACCUAUAUAGCGGGUUCCUAAGGCUUCCUGAAGCGCGAGGAUAGGUAUAACUAUACUCGACCUUUGAGUUACCACGAGCCAUCAGCCAAGCCGAUCUAAACCCCCUCAAAAUUAUAAAACUUCGCUAGGAACAGCCAUCCUAACCACGGGUUAGUGGGAACGUGGGUUCCUGCGAUGAGUAGCUCGGUUAAGUCUUUAAGACUGGUAUAGCUCAAUAAAACUCGUAGCUAUCUGAAAAAUUUGUCUACGCUGAGUUACGCGCUUUUACUGCCACUCACAUGCGCCCCGUGCGUAACUGGGUCACACUCACACGCGUUUUCACGAGCGUAUCCGCAUAACACUAGCGCAGUCGGUUUAACUUCAACUCGGGUGUCGUUUCGUAAGCCUUUUUUGCUUACCCGCGAGAUCAAUAAAAUCAUCGGCCUAGUUUGGUAAUAGUUUGACGACAAAGGACAAUACGCGAUAUUGUUGUAAUCUAGGAAUGGAUCAAAUCGUUAUGAUUACUGUUUGUUUUGAUCCAUACUCGGUUUAAAACUACUUAGGUACCUACUUAUAGCAGUAAUAAAAGUGUGGUACACUUAAUGAAUUUAAUGUAUAAAUAUUUGUACACUUUUAACCACAAACAAGAAAUUAUUUAUGGAAUUAUCUUAUUUAUUGCUUUGAGUUAGUAAAUUCUUUUUUUUUCACCAUCUAAAAAACUUACUAAGAAUUAAUUUUAUGUAUUUAACUGAGUAAAUUAUUAUCAAAUGCUUAUACUAGUAAAUAGCAUAGUUAAGAUGUUUUAAAAAAACUAAACUUAUACAUACUUUUUUAAAUAAACAAAUAAAUAGUUAUAAUUUCUCAAUGCUUAGAAAUUAUAGGAAACAAGGGAACUUCAAAAAGUAUUUCUUAUUUUCAGUCUGAACUCUAAUAAAUGUACAAGUUAAUAUAUUAAAAUAAACUUUAUUUUAUAUAUUUAUUAGAUUAUAUUAUUUUUAUUAAAAUAAACUUAAUAAAUGUAUAGAAUUCUGAAUCACAUUUGAAUUAAUUAAUCAAAUACGUUUUGCUAAUGCAGCUAUGAAUGUCCAAAUCAAUGGAUGGUACGCAAUUAGCAUAGAAUUAAAAGAAUUAUGCCAACCUUCAACCAAAUUGUUCGUUGAAUAUCAUUUUCUAACAUUGAAUAACAAUAGCAAAGCUGGUUUUUUUAAAUUAAGAGCAAAAUCGGAAUCAUUCGAAUAUUUGGACUGUUAGACUGUAUAUGUCGCCAAAUACUCUAAAAUAAAAGAAAAAAAACAGCCUUUUAUGUCGACUGAAAGAAAUACACAUUUUGCAGCAUUUAUUGCACCUUCUUCGAAAUCAAGCAUAAUAGAUUUUGGACUUAGUUGUGGAUGUAAGGUUUUUAAUACAAAAAAAAUUCGUUUAUAAGUCUCUUGUUUUUUAUUUGGUUGUUAAAUAUAUGCAAUUAGUAUAUUAUUUGAAUAAUUAACUCCGUGUACUGUAUAAAGUUGAUUAAAAAUAUGAAGUGAACACAAAAAAGUGCCAUCCGCUAACCAAUGUUCACAUAGUUCCAUUAACUUUAAAUUAGAUUUAGUCAUAAAAAUUAAAAAAUCUAUCAUGAUAAGCGUAGUAAUUAACGCUAUCAUACUAAAAAAAGUCCCACCACUUGUUGUUUACCUGUAUUAGUCUGGUAUUUCAAGAUCGUUUAGUGAUUUUGAAUCAGGUGGAGCACAUGUUUUGAUUUUUCGAAUUCGUUGAAUUGAUUUAAACUCGGUAGUAGUCCUGUUGCGCUUUGUGUAAUCUAUAAUAAUAAUAAUAAUAAAAAUAAUAAUAGUAAUAAUAAUAAAAAUAAUAAUAUGAAUAUGAAUAUGAAUAUAUAUAUAGUAAAAUUAUGGUUGUACAAGUGUGUAAUGAAACUUACUUCAGAUGUUAUAGUUCCUACGACAUAGUGAGUUGUUAGUUGCGUAUUUUUUGCUGGUUCCUUUUAUUUUUCGAUGAUCACUUUUGCUUCAAUUUUACCUAAGUUAGAAAGGUGAUUACGGUUGUAUGAAGAACAACUUCACCGAAUUGUUGCAAAUGUUCAUGGAAUUUUUUUGUGGUACAUUUUAAAUACCUCCAAAUGAUUUUAUUUGUUGUCUCGCAUUUUUUUGGAAUAAGAAAGAAUUACAUUUUUAUAUUAUUCGAUCUUUUUGGUUGGUAAUAUAUUGCAUAGUGUUGUUUGCUGUGUUAUAUUAUUAAACGAAUACUAACAUGUACAAGCGUUCGUACACGAAGUAAACAAAAAUCUUGUAAUCGUAUUAUUGCGAUAAUAAAUAAUAUAUAUCGCAAUAAUAAUGACGCACGAGAUUAUUGACGUGCGAAAAAGUGGCCGCGACAAUUUAUAUUGCCGAAAUAAUUUGACGAGAUACCUCUCACAGAAAAACCAAAACAGCUCUGUAGUUGUCUAGUUUUUUGUUUUCUAACAAAAAACCAAGUAGCUCCAGAACCAUUAUAAUUUCCAUACGGAUAGUCGGAUUGUUUUCGUUCUUCCACAGAAAAUCUAAUAAAAAAUGUUUCUACUAUUAAUUAUAAUGAUACGAAUUUUUGCUAAAAAUGCAGCUGUCUGGUUAUUCUACAGAGCCCUUCGAUUUGCUGCAAGCCCACAAUGACCGUUUUGCCUUUAAGAACAUUUUGGUACUUAGUUUAUCGUACAGAGAGUAACAUUUUUUUCCUUCUAGUUCUUCGUUUUGUUUAUGUAUUUUUCACAAAACUUUUAUUUCGACGGUGAAUAUUUUUUUUCGUUUCCAUGUUUGGUCUCCGUGUUAGUGAACCACGUCUCACAUCACGCAUGUAUUAAUAUAAUACCGGUUAUAAAUAACAAGUUUAACCAAGUUCUUUUUUAUAGUUUUUGAAAAUAAUUUACAACUGAGAUUUUUGGGUCUGGACAAAAUAGGCUCUGUAGUACUUAUUCUCAAUUGUAUUGCGUUUUACAGUCAAUUAUAUGAAGUUAUAUUUUAUUGUACACGGUAAAAGUAUUUAGACUUUUCAUUUCAAUUUGUAAAAUGUUUCAAUCAAUAUCAUCAAUAUCAUUAAAUCGAUUUCAUUAUUUUUAUUUUAUUCGUUCGAAACAUAAUUUAUUAUAUAUUUAUAUCGAAUGCUAUUAUUUAUGCGUGUGUAUAAAAAAUAAAACAUGUGUCAAUAAAAUAAAUGUACGCGUAUCGUACAUUAAUAUUAAUCGAUACUUUCUUUUGUAAAAAUACCUAUAAAAUAUAAAUAUAUAACAGUAAAGUUUUAGACGUAUUCCGUAAAAGGAAUUUAUAAUGUGCUUUUAUGUCUGGAAAAUGCUGAACUCUAUGGAGUUAUUCAAUUACAGUAAAGUAUCAGACAAGUAAAAUGUACGGAGACUUUUGUAUAAAAUCAAUACUUUUCUUGAAACGUGUGGAAUUUUUAAUAUUCUUUAUCGUCUGUAUAAUAAUUGUAUGCUGCACUCUACUAAUACGUGUAAUAAAUUUUAAUCGUUUGAUAACAUAUAAAAAAAACGGUUCACAGCGCACCGAGCUUUGUCACUAGAAGUGGUUUUUUUAAAAAACGUUUGUUAAUAAUAUUUUAACUCCCGCAUAUAGGGGCACAAAAUAUAUAAUAUAUAUUAUCUCUUAUAUAGAUUGUUACGUGUCCUACUUAAAUGACCUACUUUUAUAAUACUUUUUUAACUUUGAUGGUGAGAUGAACGUUAGAUAUAUUGUUGUAGCUAAUUUACUUUUUUUGGUUUUUAUAUUUUUAAUAAAAUGGUUUAUAAAUUCUUAUGAUUAGAAUGUAAAAAAAAGCUGUCCUAGGAUAAUGAGGACGAUUGCAGCCACUGUUAUAGGUGAAAAGUUGGGAAGAUAGCAAGGACAAAUUUAAUGUAAACCAUUGCUUUCGAAAAAACGAUACUGAGCGGAAUUCGGUUAAUAGCGUUCGUCAACAAUAUAUAUAUCAUAUUAUUCAAUAAUAUUUGUUUAAUAUUGUGCCCAUUUUCCCGUUUUACCCGGUUUUCCAAUAUUUUUUUCCCGGUUUUUUUCUUUGGUUGGAAAAAUUCCUGGAAAAAAUCAAAAAAUGACUUCCUUAAAGUACCUCUCCAGUCCGAUAUCAUUUAAGAAAAAGUGCUAUCAUAGUAAAUCAGAGCAAAUUUCUGGAUUUAUUAUUGCAGUUUUGUAUUGAACGUAUUGCAUAUGCACAUAAUAUAAAUUUAGGAAAUACUAUCUCAAAAAAUUCCUCCAAUGAAAAUAUCAGUAGGAAAAAGUUUCCAAUUAAAAACUAAAAUAUUAAACAAAUGCAUUAAUACAAUUUAAAAAGGAAGAUAAAAAAGGGAGGGUUUAGACAUUUAGUAUUUUUCUUGGACAUAAAUACCAUAUAAUAUAUCUCUAAAAUAUCGAUUUUCUGAAAACUUUGUUUUAUACUACGACAAAUUCAAUAUCUAUCUAAUUAUAUGCAAACAAUUUUUAUACUCAAAAUCUUGAUCCGUUUAUCAAUUUCAGGAGUGUAAUUUUUCAGAUUUUCGUUUGUAUAUUUUGUCCAUUUGAUACAUUGAGGUGUAUUUUUUUAUUGCUAGGAAAUACGGAUGCCUUUAAAAUCGAUAUUUAUAUAUUAGCUUUUUUAAAAGUGUUUCAAUUUUCAAAAUAUUUUCGUACUUUUUUUUAGGUUUUUUGAGUUUGUUUAGUUUUUAUUUGGUUUAUAUAAAUAAAAUUGUUUUUGCCCUGCAAAAAUAUAAUGCAGGUCUAUCAUAAAUUGUUUUUACAACACUGCAUAAAUAUCGAUCAUCUUUAGUCACGGUUAUUUUUAGAUUUUGAAUGAAGUGAGGAAUGAUGGAUUGGUUUUACUACGAUUUGUAUUAAACAAAUAAAAAUUAAAAUUAAGCGUAAAGAAGUAGUUUGGCUUUUAUAUAAGUGUUAUAAGAUUGAAUUUUGAAGAAAAUUGUAAUAAUUACGACAUUUUAAAACAAGUAAAAUCGAACAACAUUCAGAGUCAUUUUUUUGCUGGCAAUGAUUUAUAUUUACGUAGAGAUAUAAAUUAAAUAACUCUAUGUAUCUUACGAAGUACAAACACCCGCUAUGAACUGCCUUAUUUUUUAAUUUUUGAUAUAAAGACGGUUGAUAAAACAUUUGUAAACGAUAAAAAUAGAGGGUGGGUUGGGGACUUAUACUUUUAUCUUAUAAAAUGUUAUAAAAUUCCAGAAACGAAUUUGGUUUUUGACGCGUAUUUUUAUAGAUUUAUAUUUAAGCAGGUACCUGCAUAAUAAUACAUUAUUCAAGCGGAUUUAUUUUAUGUUGUACAAAGUUUUCAAUGAGUUACUAUUCAUGGUGGAAAUAAAAAUAAAAAUUUCGAUCAAAGAGGGGGGAGGGAGAAUGUUACGCAAAUCUAUUAAUCUCACUGAAAAGGAUUUCUAAUAGUCAAUAAAAAUAUAAAAUAAAAUCGGAAACUGGUAUCACAUUUUGUCCAGUGUUGUUCAACCUAACUCAUAUUAUAUUAAAUUGAAGGAUACUUUUUAAAAAUAAAUUAUUUUAACAAUAUAUACGUUACGGGAAAGUUUUAUGAUGAUGAUACAUGAUGCUAUAAUAAAGAUGAGUAUUAACAAAUGUUAACAAAUGUAAAAGUUAUUUAUCGUCAACUUUUCCCCUUAACUAGACUUUAUUAUAUACGUAUUAGGUGAUAUAUUUAAUCAUUCACAUUUUAUUUAAUCGACUAUUAGUUAAAGUUUAGGGCACAGUUAUAUUUUUCAAAAGUGGUGCAGUAUAUUAUAUUAACUUUGAAUAGUAUAUUUCUCUUUUAAAUUCUGAGUGGAGUAAAGAAGCUUAUGAUUUUACAAAGAUAUUUAUUUUUUUAUUUUUUUUGUCUAUGAACAAUUUUUUUACCAGAGAUCUUGUUCCGAUUUUUAAAUGUAGCAUUUUUUCUGAAAGGAAAUCAGUGUGAGAAGGAAUUUUAGGGAGCUCAUUUUUCCAAGAUUUCCCAAGAGUUUUCCCAGAAAAUGUGAAAAAUCGGGAAAAAACAUGGGAAAAAUGGAAAAAUCAGUACAAUAUUAAACAAAUAUUAUUAAAGAAAAUGUAUAAUGACUAUUUAAUAUAACAUAUACAUUGUUGACAAAGCAUCACUAUCAACUAGAUUUCGCUCAGAAUCGUUUUUAGUAAGUUACAGUUUAUCGUUGCUUACAGAUACAAAUUAAUUUUCCUUCUAUAUCUAGCCUUGCUAAGUUCUCACCACUAAUAGUUCCUAUUAUCCUAGGACAGCUUUUUUAAAUUUAAAUACGAAUUCGUGGACAAAAUAGUAUCUAAAAGGGCCAAUAAUGGAACUGUUACAAAACAGUAAACAUUCUGAGUAAAUUUUUUUCCAUUAUAACUUUAAACUUAACGAAUGAAAUGUAUUUCUUUCUGUUUUUGUUAAAUUUUGACUAUUAACUGAAGGUAUUUUUGAUUAUUUGGAUAACUCAAUGAAAUCAAAUUAACUAAAUGAUUGUUGUUGUAAUGGUUUCGCAGAUGGCGCAAGGGGAAAUUGUUGCUGUUGGCCUCGUUGUCGUGUUGGAUAAUUUUCACGUUGCCGUUGGGCUUCAUACAACCGCCAGCUACCAGAUGCAUUGUAAAAAAAAACGACACCGUCUACAUGUUGGAAACGCCCACGGGGUCUAGGUCCGUGUACAAACGGGAUGUAUCCUAUGCGAUGACGGACUUCGCCAAGUACGGUGAAGACGACAAUGACUUGGAAGUGCCGGAUUUGUCUACGCCCAUAAUUCGCCGCACCAGGGGCGCGCGCCCCCGGGCUACGGUCGGCCGGUCCCCGUUAGACGUCAAGUUUGCAUACAAUUAUAACGAGAAAAAACACUACAACCUGGUCAUGCCGAUUUAUAGUCACAUCGUGUACACUAUAGAAGUGAGUGGGACGUGGGAUUACCGGAUGAUUUUCCGAAUGAUCGUUUAAUGAAACCGAAAAUCCCGAAUCCUUUUUCUUAAAGGGUUAAUUAUUUUUUUAUGAAAAUUGGAAAAACCCUAAAGUUCAUAUUUUAAUAUUUUUGCAUUAUAUUUUAUAUAUAACUAACAAACAAAUAUUGUUUUGACGGCCUAUAACAAAUAUAUAUAUUUAUAUACAUGGUACGGUCAAUGUGGAAUCCCGGGCAAUGCGCACAUUAUCCGGGCAAUUUGAACCACGAACAUAAACAAGUUAAUUAAACGAUUUAAAUAAGCGUAUAACUUUUUUAUACUAUAUUUAUUAUUAAUUCUUAUUAUCCUUCACCUUCAUCUCAACUAUUUGGGGCUAAUCACUCUUGUUCUAAACUUCUAUAUGACUCGAUUUCCCAUCUCACAUACACCGAAUGUCCUCAUAUCUUUCUCAGUCGCAUACAACUACUUCUUUUUAAUUUAUUAUUAUUAAUAAUUAUACAAUAUUUUGGACAAAUUAAUUAAUAUAUUAUUGUUUAGAAUUUUAUUAUUACCUAUUUAUUUGUAUAUGAUUUACAUCAUCCGAAAAUAGUAAUAUUGUUGAGUAUUUAAAGAUUCAGUGAUAUGUUUAGUGAUGUUAGUUAUAGUAAAUAGUAAAAAAAGAAGUGGUAUAUACGAUUUUUAGGAGGUUAUAAUAUUAUUAUAUGUAUAAACUAUAGUAUUUUUAAUUAUUGGUUUGAGGUUAAAUAAAUUGAACACUCAAAGGCUUAACUAUACCAUUCAAACAUUUAAUUCAUUUUUUGUUCACUUUUUUAUUUAAUACUAAAUAAACACUAUAUGAACUAAAUAACGAAUACAAAUAAAAAGUGCAAAAUAAUAAUAUAACACUGUAAUAGUUUAACUAUGGGUUUGAAUAUCGAAAAGCUAAUAUUCACUUGAAUUUUUAAAAUAACUUUUUUGAAAUACAAUAUUUUACUUUGAGAAAAUGUCAAUAUUGACUUAGUAAUAUUUAAUUGUUUUUAGGAUAUCGAGAAAGUGUUUUUCCUGUUAUUGCUUUUGGUCAUGAUCGGAGAGUUCUUUAGCGCUCCCGCUAUCACUUUGGCUGACUCAGCAGUCAUUACGUUGCUGGGUACGGACGCCGACAAAUACGGUCAUCAAAGAAUGUUCGGUUCGUUGGGCUGGGGCCUGGCCAUGUUUUUCGUAGGAAUAGCGCUGGAUCAUUCGACAGCGUUUCCGGAUCAUCCCUGUAAUGGGCCACAGGAUAGAGAAAAAAAUUAUACCAUUUGUUUCGCUACGUUUUCAGUGCUUAUGGGCGCUGCUCUGAUUACCGCCACACAGAUGAAUUUCCGUUACGAAGAAACAUCCGAAGUAGAUCAGCCGUUAACGGCGAUGGAAAAAGGACAAAUGGCUCCGACAAGGGACGAUUAUCUCCAGCAGGAAUUGGCACAACAACUCAACUUACCGUCCUUGGCACCGAACGUGGCGGGCUUACCUCCCAGGCCCCCCGAACUCCCGGAAGGCGAAGGAGAGGCGAGUUUAAAGGUUAUUUGAUAUUGGGAACAAAUCAAUUAAAUCAUAUUAUUAACGUGUUUAAACUUCAUUGAACGUAUUGCAGACUAAGAUUUUUGCACAAACCACAAAGAAAAUCCCGGAAUGGAUUACGGUGUUGAAAUAUUUCGCAAAUUUAAAGUGCGGAUCGUUCUUGUUCGUGUCGUGGUUUAUGGGAUUCGGUAUUGGGCUGAUAUUCACAUUUUUGUUCUGGCAUUUGCAAGUGAGUAGUGAAAUCAGAGUAAUUCUAUGUACGGCUAUCGCAUUCACGACCAAUUUUUUAGGACUACGGCGGUUCCCCGACGCUAUUUGGUGUCGCUUCAGUCAUCAAUCACAUCUCCGAAAUAUUUGCUUACUUUUUUAGUUUCAAACUGAUCCGUCAGAUGGGACACGUCAAAGUAAGCGUAUUCUACAUCUAUACGACUAUAAUCAUUAUACCAAUGUAGUUUAUCUUCCAUUUUUAUAUUUAUCGUAUUUUAAUAGGUGUUGUGUUUGGGACUCGUUGGCAACAUACUGCGUUUCUUGUAUAUCUCUUGGUUGACGAACCCGUGGUGGGUGUUACCGUUCGAGUUUAUGCAAGGUAAUAUUAAUUAUUACACCAACGGAUGAACACAAUUAUGUUUACAAAACUCAUAAUUACUGAGUGGUGUUAUUGUAUUGUGCUCGUUUUUUUCGAUUACAGGUAUAACACACGCGGCUGUCUGGGCGGCAUGCUGUUCGUACAUAGCUCAUAAUACACCGCAACAGUUACGCAGCUCUGCUCAAGGCGUGUUACAGGGUAUCCACCACGGUCUGGGUAGAGGAUGCGGUGCAGUUAUUGGCGGGUGGUUUGUCACGUACUUCGGUAGGUAUCUGUUUACCGUCUCGAAGGGCACAGGGUGUAUCUUCAUAUGACGAUUUUCUACAUUUAAUUCUUCGGAUCAUUCAUUCUGACGAUACACCUUUUGUUCGUUCAACAAGCAAUUUAAUUUUUCCCUUCGAACGUUCGUUUUCGCAGGUACCACGACUACGUUUAGAGGAUACGGAUUCGUUUGUGCUUUGGUUUUGGGGGCAUUUAUUUUCAUCAAUUUCUACAGAAAGGACACCGGAUUCGUAUCGGAACUACCCGUCGCCGAAGAUCCACAUCAGGUGACCAGUAUUUUUAUUUGACUUGCCGUAUUAUUGUUAAUUUGUGAUUAAAAUCAUUGAUUGAAGAAUGUAAAACUGGGUUAGUAACUAAUACUAGUUUUGGUUUUGAUACCAAAACUAAUAUUAGACUAUCAAACAACAACGGUUAUAAAUUAUUUGUAAAAAAAAAAAAGUUGAACAACGAACAUAAAAUACAAUUAUAAAAAAAAAAUAUUUCUUAUUUUUCUUUUUUAUAUAGUAGCAUACCGUAUACAAUGCUCUUAUGUUAGUUUAUCAACUUUUAUUUUUAUUAUAAAUUAUUUAUCAAUUUUAUUUGAAUGCUAUUGGAAUAAUUCCGAAAAGUAGUAGUUAUCCUAUAAAUUAAAUCAAUGGUUUUAAAUUUCAAUUAUAAUAUUUGUUUAUUAAUUAUUUUUUAUUUAUUGCAAUAAUAAUACACACACGAAACCGAUAAUCUGUUUGAUAUUAUUCCCUUUCUUAUAGAAUGUCGCAUAAUAUUAUUAUCAAAUAAUUAUUAAUAUAUAGUUAUAGUUUGAUAAUUGUUAUGGAAGAAAACACAAGAGAAAAUUAUACAGCUAUCAAUAAUAAUAUUGUGAUGACCGGGAAUGUGUGAGUUCGACAUUGACAAAAUGACAGCUCGAACUAGAUCGCGCGACACAUACCUACUAUAUGUAAUUUAUUGAUUAAUCGUUGUUUACUUUGACAAUUAUUGUUUUGGUACUUAAGAUACGCAUUUAUAAUACAAUACAUUUAACUGGUUCUUAGUAAUUUCGGAAAUCAUUUCAUUGUAGAACGUUUAUAUGUAACGAGUAUUUUUAAUUGAGAAAAUAAGGAUAUCCUAAUAAAAACACAAAAAUCAAUGGAUAAGCAUAAUAUUAUUUGGAAUAGACCAAUAUUCUGAAAAACUACCCCGGUUUUUAAGUCUUUUAUACAAACGAUUACUGCAUACAUUGCAACAUUGCAGUAUAUACGAAAUUCUAAGGAGUGUGUCUAACAUUUUAAAAUGUUUUUAUAUAUUUAUAGGUGGCCGAAGAAACGGCUCAUCUAGCACCACAUGGAGUACCUAGUAACCCGUUGCCGAGGGGUUUAUCGAGUAACAAACUACAAGAUUUGGCAACCGAAAAUCAUGGGUACGGAGCCACACACACAUCUGGCGGCAACCUGAACAUACCACAAGGUAAGAUAAUAUUAUUAUUAUAGCACUUUAACAGUAUCGUCGAAUGAAAUAAUGUUCGUUGUGAUGUGUGUUUCAAUAGGCGCAACAAAUCCGUUCAGACAAAAUAACGGUUAUCAACAACCUAUUAACCACGGCAAGGUGUAUACGGAUGACUGUAUACAAAAACAAUACACGGUACUAGAUCAAAAAUUAUUAUUAUUACUUACUUAACCCAACAUUUGUAAAUACAAUAUCACAUUAAUUGCACGUGAUUCUAUGAUACAUUUAUUUUUUAAGAAUAAAUCGUAAAAACCUGACGUAAAUAAAGAACUAAAGCGGUUUAAUAUUCGAUAACCUUAUACUUACAUUCUUUGAAAAAGGUACAUACAUGAAUAAGUUCUGAAAUUUAAAUAUUUCCAAAAAUGCUCGGUGUCCGAAAAACUACAUAUUGUAUCAAUUUAUAAACUAUUUUUAAAAAACUAAAAUCUACGAUACUUUAAACUUAAUUAGUCACUACAGUGGGGCUAUAGAUCAAUAGUGGAUUUAUAGGUGGCACAGAGUGCCCUCUUUAUUGGCUUAGCGUCUAGGAUAAUAGACUAGGUCUUUUUUUUUAAAAGUUGUGACGCAAAGUUUAUAAUAAGUUACAAAGUUUAAAAAAAAAAAAAAUUAUAAUAAAGGUCUUGACGAUUCCAUAUUGAUAAAUACCUGUAUGUUAUGAAAAUCGGGGUGGAUUAUAAAAUAAAUAAUUUGAAAAAAUUGGGUCCCUAAAACAAAAACCUAGGUCCGUCAGUGAUUGUAUAAGAAAAUCUUAUUUGAAUUGUGGAUAGCAUAAAUAUACCGUGGCUGGACUGUUAAAACAACUCAAUGUGUUAUUUAGAUAAGUAUACCCACCAGGGCAUAAUUAUCAGAAAGUAUUCCCACCAGAUUACUUACUCACAUUUUUAUCGAAUUUGCAUGUAUAAUGCGUCCGGUAGUUUUUGUACGCAAAAUGAAACAUACGAUUGUUGACAUUUAAUGAUGAUUUUUCAGAUGUGCAAUGAUUUACAGAAACACUCUAUAACAUCGGAAUUGAUGAGCCCAGAACCGAUGAAAAGAAAAUCACCAUUAUAUCAAUGGUAACAACAGCCACAGUAAUGCUCGACUCUAUUACACACGAUUUUUCUCCAUUUUGUUCUUUUGGCGACCGUCGAAGAACGAAUUUCUUUUCUUAAUAAUGUUAUUGAUAUUGAUACGACGAGGAGCAACGAGGCGUUGUUUUUUUGCGUGUUUUUUUUUUUAGUACCUAUAUAUCUACCUAUACCUAACAUAUAUUAUUAUUAUUAUAUACGAAACAUAUUUGUUAUUUUACGAUUAGUGAAACUUAUUAGCAAUAAUAAUAGUACUAAUAAUAAUACCUAUAUAAUACAUAUUAUGAUAUAACAAUAAAAUAAAAUAUAAAACGUAACUUUUACUUAUUAUUAUAUUGAUAGGUAUAUUAUUAUUAUACAUAUAUAUAUAUAUAUAGACUAUAGCGAAAACAUAAUAUUAUAUUGUCUUUGGUGAUUUUUUUUUUUGCCAGUUUGAUUCCUAUAUAAUUGCAUAAUAUACCUAACCUAUAAUAUAGUAUUAUAAUAUAUUGUCGACGAAAGUAUUAUUGUUAAUGUAUAUGGACAAAGGAUUGCGAUUUCCGUUACACCGGAAACGAAGUUUUUGAAAUGUACACGCAGCUUUUGUGAUAUACGAUUCAUCUCGUAUAUUGUUCAUGUUGUGUUGAAAGUAUAAUAAUUUAAUUUAUAUUUAUUAUUUGCACGAAUUUAUUUGAGUCAUAUCAGAUGUUAUCAUAAUAAUAUACAUAUAUGAAGUUUGCACGAUUUAUUUGGAAUAAUUAUUAUAAAUUUGUUAACACGUCGCGAGUUUCGACUUAUCAUAGACUAGAUCCAUCUACUUAAGGUAAAUAAUAAUUAGUUUGCUAUAUUAUUAUAUAUUGAUUUGUACAUGAAUGUUAUUAUGUGUGAUGAACCAACCGAAAUAGUAUUUAACAAUAUUGAUCGCAAAAUCGACACAUAUAAUGAAAAAUAAUUAAAUUCGAGAAAUUGUUUUUUCUUUCAUUUUUCGUAUAGACAUAUUAUUACAUUAUUAUAGAUACAUUAUAAACAUGUUUCGUUAAUACACGAGUACAUUUUUAUUAAUUAGUAGUAUAAAUAUAAUAUUAUAAUUAUUCGAAAUUCGAACGAAAUUUUCUCAAUUGAACUAGAACACAGUAUGUCAAUAAACUCUCUGUGGUAUUACAGGUGCAUUAUUGACGGAACUAUCCCAAAUAUUUUGGGGAUCAGAAGACACCACAAUAUUGGUUAUAAUAUAACCUUAGUAUUUACUUGAUAAGGAUUUGGGCGGGGAAACUAAAUCAACCCCAAAUCAAAAUUUGAGCCAAUGUACGCGUAACAUUUUGACCACCCUUAUAUCAUUAUUAUUAUUAUUAUUGUUGUUAUAAUUUCUGUUUAUAAAAUAUUCAACUAUAUUUAACAGCGCAAUAGUAAUAAUAGUAAUAAUAAUAAUAUAGAUUUUGUCCAUUUACUGUCAAGUUAUAAUAUUAUAGAAAGGGGAAUACAGUUUUAAUAGUUUAAGUAUAAUAUUGUAUGCAAAUAUUGAUUAUUUGUAUACACAUACAUGAUUUAAAUACAUAAUACGAUCGUAUUGUUACCACAACAGACCUUUUAAUUAUAAUUUUUUUUUUAUAAAUAUUGUCGAAUUGUUGAUUUACUAACAACAUGCAGUUAAUUGUAUUCCUGAUUAUUAUUAUAAUAACAUUUUAACUAAUGUAUACAUGUAUCGAAUGUUUAAAUAUAUUAUAUUAUAAUAAUUUAUCGAAAUUUUAAGCGAAACUACGAUGAUUACCAUCUGUAAUAUUGCUACAUAUUAUUAUUAUUAUCAAAAUAUGUAUUCAAAUCCAUCUUGUCAAAUAACGAUAAUAAUAAAUAAACAGUAAUAUAAUU